AUGGCUGACCCUCUCACGGCUCUAGGCAUCGCCGGAAAUGUGGUUCAAUUCAUCAGCUUUGCAGGCGAGCUCAUCGACAGAACUCGGGAAAUAGCCAACUCCCAAGAUGGAGCUCUCGUCAAGCAUACCGAGCUCGAGACCAUCACCACUAGUAUUUUGGCAUUCAACGAUCUGAUCACGUACACGUCAACUCGAUAUCGGAAAGAAAAGGGAAAACCCCAGAAAGAUUCACUAUCGCCACAAGAACUCCAUGAAGAAAAUCUCAUCGAACUCGAUGAACAGCUGUCAUUGCUUUGUGCCGACUGCAACAGUCUUGCACAACAACUCCUAGCUGCCAUCGCGGACCUUAAAAGGCAGGGCUCAUUCAAACAGUGGAACACGUUCCGCCAAGCUCUCCGGUCUGUUUGGAAGGAGGACAAUAUUGCGGACUUGUCCCAACGCCUCGACGCUUAUCGCACUCAGAUAGGCAUGAUCGCCAUUGCCUCCCUUACCGAGCACGUUCAGUAUAAUAACAUCACAUUCCGUGAAAACCUUGAUCAGUCAAUUUCUCGGCUAGAAGAAAGGAAUCAGCAUUCCCAAAUGCAGCUUUUCGAAAACAUCAGGCAGCACAUGGAUCGGAUCCAGGAGCAGGGAGACAGUGACCAACUGGCGUCCAUCAUCUCCGAGACCACCAAAAGGCAAAGAGAGGAGGUUAUACAACGCAAAAUCAUGGAAAAAUUGAAGUUUCACGAUAUGCGCGACCGUCAUUUGCAGAUAUCAGAGGCGCACGAGAAGACAUAUCAAUGGGUCUUCCACGAUCUUGGAGAAGCCGAUCAAUCUUCCUAUACAGGGGUGGAGGUUGGAGCGACAGCAGAAGCUAUGUCGCAUGUAGCGCGGGAGCGUGAUAUCGAUGCCCCAUCCGAAACUUCUCUAACGGUUACCGAUAACGCGGACGGAACCCAAGCUGAUGACAGCGAUUCUGAAUCGGACGACCCUGGUGGUUGGUGGGACCAACUUCCUGCAAGACAACUCGAGAACCAAAACUCUCGGCCCGCAACCUGGGACAGUUAUCGUAUCUGGCUGGAAAAUUCGGGGCCGCUUUAUUGGAUCACGGGAAAACCAGGCUCCGGAAAGUCGACCCUCAUGAAGCUUCUAUACGAUGACGCUCAUCUUUCGAAAUACCUCCAAUCUUGGACCGGUGACCAUUCACUCCGUAAAGCUGGCUUUUUCUUUUGGAAUGCCGGUACAACCAUGCAAAUGUCCAAGGACGGUAUGCUGAGAACGUUGCUAUACGAAGCCAUCGGCGGCUGUCUUGACCUCAUUCCCGUACUGUUUCCUGAUAGGUGGACAUACAGCACCUUGUUCGGCUUUCAAACCCGAGAUUGGUCUGCCAGUGAACUUGAGCAGGCUCUCAUAACACUAGUAUCGGAUAGCUCCGUCAAACACUUCUUCAUGAUUGAUGGUCUCGAUGAGUUUACCGGAGAGCCAAGGGAUCUAGUGAGCUUCAUCCUCCAGUGUUGUGCGGGCAGGUCAAACGUCAAAAUUUGUGUCGCCAGCCGGCCCUGGAUCCCAUUCGAGAGCGGUUUCAAGCACUUCCCCCGCCUUCACAUGGAGAAUAUGACGGCUUCUGACAUAGCAUUGUAUGUCACGGACAGAUUCUACGAGAAUGAUGUGUUCAAAGACCGGAUGGAAAUGAAAGAUCAGGUGCGAGCGUGUCAAAAGCUUCUCGGGAACAUUACGAGAAGAGCAAAAGGCGUCUUCCUCUGGGUCAAGCUUGUGACGAAUUUGCUUCUCCAUAAAUUGGAAAAUGGUGGGUCCAUCGAAGAGCUGCAUGCAGCACUCAGCAAAUACCCUCCUGGACUUAACAACCUCUUCGAUGGGAUUUGGGCCCAGAUCCGAGAGAGUGAAUACUUUGAGGAGUCUGCAGGAAUAUUCCGGAGAACUCAGACUGCAAAAAAUCCAGUGCCACUGUUGGUUCUCCUGUACGCGGAAGAAGGCCCGGAAAAAGCACUGGAUGACAACAUCUGCUGCCUCUCUGUUGAGGCAGAUCACAACCUUGCCGACCAGAUGAGACGCCGGAUCAAAAGCCGAUGUGGUGGCUUUCUCGAAAGUCCAGCUUUCAAUGAACAGAAGACCUGGGCCAAAGUGGAAUACCUACACAGGACUGUGAAAGACUAUCUCCUCCAAGACCAAGUAUCCCAGUCACUCACUUCGGCAUCCAACACCACCAACAAUCAAAUUGUCUUGUCCCUCUGCACCGGUUUUCUACGCUGUAUCAAGAAAUUGGAUGGUUCCCAACCCACCUUCCUCCCGCGUUUCAAGUACCUCACUUCCAAUUGCCUCGACUUCUCAAAAAUCGUGGAGGAGGUCAAUAGUGAGAUAAAUCUCCGUAUUCUGCUCAAUCUCAACGAAGCAGCCGGCAGCUUCUUUCGAGGAGGAGCUGCUAAUGCCGAGAAGUGGAUUAAAGAAGUACAGAAAAAUGCUCCAUACGCCUUGAAGCCUGACUGGACAAACCUGUGCACCAUGGCUACUGGUUCUUCCAGUUUCCUGGAGUUUGCACUUCAACAAGGGUUCUAUUCAUACGUCGAGCACACUCUGAAACAGCAAUACCACUCCGGAAUGUACGACCAAUCUCGCCUAUCAAACUUUCUUGUGAUUGCCCUUGACCACGACAGGAUCGAUAUCAAGUUUUUUUCAGUCGCACUUCAGUAUGGGGCUGAUCCAAACGUUCCAGCGGACGGCUACGAGUCCAGUCGUGUACCAUGGUAUCAUCUGCUCUACCUAUUGUCAGUAACAGGACAGGAGAUGAUGGCGAGUUCACACGGGGAAGAUGGCCUCGAUUUAUCCACCUGCAAAAGAUUAGGUACUAUCGCAGAGUUAUUCCUGGACCAUGGCGCUGAUCCGUCCAUUCGAGCGAUUAAGACGGAUGCUAUUGACAUCAUCAAAUCCACUGUUGGGCAGGCCGAUGCAGUUCUUGCCAGUCGAUUGGUUUCGAAGCUGGAAGCACAUCGAAAGCUGAAGCCCCGGAGAAGAAAGCGGGAUAGUCUUUUGUUUUGGAGGAAGGCAAAGACCUGA